UCAGUCUUGAAAAUGAAAACAGUUCUUAGUAUUUAUACUGCGCUCUCUCUUCCUUCCUAUCUUUCUUGUUUUCUUUCAAUCUUCCUUUAUUCUUUCGUAACAUCAUCAGGACCUACGAGUACAUCAUGCUUUACGAUGAAGAGAUACAGUACGUCAUCAACCACAACUAUAACACAUGCACUGUGGAACAGCUAGGAACAUAUGGCGCAAUUACACAAUUCCACCAAACUCUACUCUGGAGGACUUCUACGAGAUAGGUGCUCCAGGAAGCGGCUUCAUGGUCCAAGAGUGGUCCGAUAGAACCCCAGGAAAGCAAAAUGAAAGUCGGAUUAAUACAAACACUUACCCUGGCUGCUGGCCUAUGACCGAAGUCUUCAUGAAGAAGGACGAACAAAACAGAACCAUCCAGUCGGUCAGUACCAGGUUCUUUGACCUCCACUCCGGCAUUCAGAACAUGUCAGUCUUUACACCUCCUGCACUUUGCAAGAACGCUCAACGUCCGAUGAUCGACACUGAACAAUCUAGUGUUCACGUCAUGUCUGAAGGAACCGGGAAAUGGUCUGAUGGUGAUACAGUAUUUGACACAGGGUCUGGUGAAGAAGGGUCUGGUGAAGAGUCUCUUGAAUCUGGUGAAUUGUUUGGAGAACGGUCCGGGGAACGGUUUGAUGGUAUUCUGAAAAUGUGAUGUGUCCUGGCCGGGGGUUAACACAUCCUUAACAUAUCUCUUAAAACAUAGGCAGAUUAGCAUUCCUUCACGGACUAAUCGAUUGCAAGAGCGUUAAGUGCUAUUAAGCUUCAUAUGCAACCCCACAAUAUCAGUUUGUUAUAUACACUAAAAUACUAUACAAAUAUUGAAAUUGUUAUAUUUAAUAUGUUUACAAAUAAUGAAUAUCGAAAAUGAAAUACAUAUGAGCCGGUAAAGUCAGAAUUUCCCUGAGUGAUAUACAUGUAAUAAUUCCACGAGGCCGCAGGUCUCUGUCUGACACCGCCUAUGAUAGCUUCUCAGCCUAUGGGAUGCUCUCUAACAAAAGCCCAAUUUUACAUAAUUAUACGUACAUGUAUAUGCAUCAUUUGAAGUAAAUGGGUUCCUAGUUUCGUCAGUGGAUUCAACCUUUGACAAAGGACAACAAUUUGGUCGAUUAGAUGCAAGACAUGACUUUUAUCCAUUGAAUGGACGAGCGAACAACUGGAUGUGCAUUGAGAUAGAAUAAAAUGACUAAGAUCGGUUACAAGUCUAGACUGAUUAAAACUAGUAUUUACUGUAUUUUCAUAUUGUAUUUACUCUUUUGUCAUGUUACUCUUCUGUACAUGCAUAUGCAUGUUCAUUGUUAUGUUUAUAUUUACUCUGUGAAUUUAUAAAUGUCACCAUAUUGUCAAAUGCAUUAGAAUCAGAAUUUGAAAAUAAAUGAUACUCGAUAAUUGUUAACUUAUUUUGGGGUAAUCAAAGUUUGA